CCUACUUAUUGUACACAUUCCUCACACCUCCGCCAUUUUCGUAGCUCCAACCAUAGGACAGUUGAGUUAGGGCUUGGAGAAAAGAAGGGAAGGAAGAACGUAUUCUUGCUUUCGCUCUGUAAGAAAAAAAAAUGACGAAAGGAAGAGGUGGUAGAGGAAGCUGAUCCUGUGGGCCCCGCUUACAAGUGCACAAAAGUUAUGAUCCUCUCCCUCUAAAAGGCUUUGCUAGCGUAACCCAGCUGUGAGCCUGGAGGUAACCGAUUUCCCUCCAAUUUUACACACUGCUAGGUACACGUGUCAGCUGCGUUUCUAUCCUAGGUGUGCCUUCGCGUGUGACGGUAUCAUAUCACCGUAAUUCUCCCUGUCCCCUGCUCCCCAGUCUACUGGCUCUAUGGCGGGUAUUAGCUCAGCACUUUUUUUUUUCCGUUCCAACGGACUUUAAAUGUCCAAAUUCGAAGCUGAGCUGAUAACCGACUCUCCCUCAGGACAGAAUUCUCUCCUCCUUCCUCCGUCGUCCGUCCCUCAGCUAGAUUCACCGCCCAGGUAGAGAAGAGGGCAAAGGAAAGAGAAGGAAGAUGUUCUACUCUCACCAGCUUCUAGCUCGGAAAGCUCCCCUCGGCCAGAUUUGGAUGGCGGCAACUAUGCACGCCAAGAUGAACCGGAAGAAGCUCGACAUGAUCGACAUCAUCAGCAUCUGUGAGGAGAUUCUGAAUCCUUCGGUUCCAAUGGCGCUUCGGCUCUCCGGAAUUCUAAUGGGUGGAGUGGUGAUUGUUUAUGAACGGAAAGUGAAGCUGCUCUACGAGGACGUUACCCGUUUGCUGGUUAAAAUCAACGAGACAUGGAAAGUGGAACCAGCGACGGACCGUACCCUUCUUCCGAAACGGCAGUUACAGGCCAAGAAAGAAGCUGUGACUCUGCCGGAUGUUCAGGACGUGGACCACCCUGAAAUUGGGCAGUCUAGGAACUUCUCGAGUUCAAACGCAACAAUGCCUUCUUUCCAGAAUACUUCCUAUUUCGCAGUGCAACUAGAUACCUUGGACGAGACUUACAUUAACAAUGACGCCAUGGAAGACGAUGUUACUGGACAUAUGCAUCAAGUUGAUCCAGAGAACAUAAAAUUAUUCGAACACUUUGACCCAUGUCAAGUUAACUCAGAUAUGUAUGAUCGCUUUGAAAGAUUCGAUAUUGGUGGAGAAGGGGACACUCAGAUGAACGUGACUUUUUCUGGAGAUCUUCAAACAGAUAUGCCUUCAACUGUUCUACCCUCACAACCUCGUCAAGAUGAAGAUCUAGGAGCAAAUGAACAAGGAAAUCCUUUCACAGACAAAGAAAUCCCUGACCAGCAACCUGAAAGCCUUGUCAACCAACCAUCUGAAAAACACAAUGUAGGCAGACAGCAAACGGGACACUCAAAAUAUUUCACUCCUGUAAAUGUCUCAUUAUCAUUCCCACCCGAGCCACAAACUCCCAAAGCUCGCAGACAGGUGCAAGGACCAAUUAUAAUGAAAAGGAGGAGACAAGCAGCUAAUUGGAUGGACAUAGAAAAAACAGUAAUACCUGGUGAGGUAUACCAGUCAUGGCUUCAAAAUGCUUCUGACCUCACCUCGAGGAGAGACAGAAAGGGAAAGGACGUGAAAAAGAGUAUUAUGUCGAGGAUGAAGGUGGCCAGUCUGAUGGAGUUGCCACCUACGGUACUCAUUGAUGAUUUAUCAAUCAAUGCAAACAAAGAUAUCUACUAUCCUGCUCCUCUACUCGCGCAGUGGACGAAAAGCACUCAGCCUCCACAUGACUCUCCAUCUGCAAGGGCAACCUCACCUCAGCCUCCUGAAGCUUCAAAUUCAUCCCCACAGGAUGCAGCAGCUCAAUUUGAAGAUCCAUAUAACUUCAAUGAUUAUCAAGGUGGGGGAGGGUCUCAGUCAAUUGGUAUCUCCUUUGAGAAGGACAGGGGUGUCUUGAAUGAGCAAUUGGAAGCCCACCUGUUUGAUAACGAGUUUGAAGCCAACCUUGUGGACAACAUCAGAAUGAGAGGGAACAAAGAACCACCAGUUGUCACAACUCCUGGAAAUCCUGGUUCUGGACAUGGUAUUCCACGACAUUGCUCCGGGAUCAACUCAGGAAACAUACAUAGUGGUAGUAGCCUUCAGUCAAUUCCUGAGGACACAUUAUGGCUUCCUGAUCCAGAAGUGCAAUUGAAAACUGGACCUGCACAGACUCAACGACCCAUCACUUCCUCCCAGAGACUCAAGGCCAUGAAUGAAGGCAUCCGAAUGUACCUGAAGACCCCUUUCAAAGGGCCAGAAGCUGAGUCCCUCAACAGUCUACCCAUUGGAAUCAACCAAGAACAAGCAGCUCCCUCGUUCUAUGAAACCCGUGGUCUGAAUUUUGAGUUUGAAGCCUACCUUGCUGACAACAACGAAAGUAUAAGAGGGAACAAAGAACCAUCUGUUGUCACAUCUCCUGGAAAUCGUGUUUCCACAGGGAAGCAAGCAAGAUUCAUACCAAGUUCAGGUUCUGGACAUAGUAUUCCACGACAUCGCUCCGAGAUCAACUCAGGACACAAACAUAGUGGUAGUAGCCUUCAGUCAAUUCCUGAGAACAAAUCAUGGCGUCCAGAUCCAGAUAUCACGACAGUGCACGAGAAGGACUCGGCUCCUGAUCAAGAAGUGCUGUUGGAAACUGGACCUACACAGACUCAACCACCCAUCAACACCUCUGAGCCACUCGACGCCAUGACUGAAGACAUCCGAAAGCACCUGAAGACCCAUUUCGAAGGGCCAAAAGCUCCCAAACACGAGUCCCUCAACAAUCUAGCCACCGGAAUGGACCGCAAACGAGCAGCACUCUUCUUCUAUCAAACCUGUGUUCUUGCAACACGAGGCGACAUUGCAGUAGACCAGAAGGUGCCCUACGGCGAGAUUCUCAUCUCUAAUCGAUCAAAGAAAUGAUAAGAUCAUCAUCAGCAGCAGUCAGCACAUUAAGAGGUUGGACAGAAGCAGCUGCUUCCAUUAUUGUUUGGGGGCUGUUCAUCCAGACACCAAUAAUCAACAUCAGUAUCGUGUUUGUGUUUCUUUGUUACUUUGCAGAUUACCAUUAUUUGUGGAGAGAACGUGGGCAGGUAAAUGGGAUAGGACGCACACUCACUCACCAAACUAAAGAUUUUGACGGAACACCAGCAGUCACUAGAUAGUUCCAAAAGUUAAUUGCUCAAUUAACUGGCUAUAGCUACUGCCUAGCUACCCUUGUUUUGGGAUAUAAUGAUUAGUGAUUACUACUACGUGGCUGCGGAUUUUAGAUAGAUUAUUUAUCUUUUUUCAGAACAAAAUUCUCCCCAGUAUCUUUAUAUCUUGUAAUUAAUUUAUACCUUUUCUCCUUCCUCUAUAAUAAUUAAUUAAUUACCAUUAAUAAAAAUUUUAAUUAAUUAAUUAAUACCCUCUAAUGCCAAAACAUUAAUUAAAAAAUUAAUUUUUACCUUUUCUUAUCUUUGGGGUAUUUUCUUAAAGAUAGUUAUCUUAACAUGAAACAUAAUUAUAGUUGUCCUAUAACACCAAUGAGAAUCAUAUCGUCAUUUAAGAUUAUGAUUUUGCUCUUGUUACAGCUAAAUUAUUAAUCGAUUGAUAGUAGAUCUACCUUUAAGAUUUCUUAUCUUUCCUUCGUGUUUUAUUUCUCAACGUAUACAAAUAUUUCCUGAAAAAGUGUGAUAAGAUAGGAAGCCAUAAAUCGAAAAUCCUACACCUUCGAAAAUAUUCUUAUAAAUUUGUUUUUUAAAU